AUGUUCUCGCCAACUGGCAGCGGAAAUGGAGAGAAGAUGUCGCUGGCCGCAGAUCAAAUCCUUGCCUGUCCGAUGAUUUCCAUCAAUGCCCGUGUGUGGCGAUUCUGGUCCUUCAUCCUCAAACAUGAUUUCAUGCUGUACACAAGCAUCGUUCCGGUGACCGUAAUGAACAUUUUUAUGUUCGCUGAUUUGUACCGGGCCUGGGGCAACAUUGAUGAAGUUAUCAUAAAUGCCUAUUUUGCGGUGUUGUACUUUAAUGCAGUGCUGAGGACUCUUAUAUUGGUGUACAACCAUGAAAAAUACGAAAGCUUUCUGCUGAAUAUAGCCGUAGUAUACACCGAAAUCGAAAAAAUUGAAGACGAAACCAUCCAGAGCCUACUGCAGCUGUUUACCAAACGAGCCCGAAUGAUGUCAAUAGCCAAUUUGGUGCUGGGGGCAUUCAUCAGCGCCUGCUUUGUGGUCUAUCCUUUGUUCACCGAACAGGGCGGUCUGCCCUAUGGCAUGCUCAUUCCCGGUGUGGACAAUUUUUCGUCUCCCCAGUACGAAAUCCUAUAUGUGCUGCAAGUGCUUUUGACGUUUCCCGGAUGCUGCAUGUACAUUCCAUUCACCAGCUUUUUCGCAACUUGUACACUUUUUGGCUUGAUUCAGAUAAAAUUAGUCCAACAGCGCCUGAAGCUAUUCAAAGGAACCGACGAAGUGCUCGAGUCAAGCAGUAAAAAUGAAGUUAUUAUUUCACAAAUCAUCGAAGAACAUGAACGAGCCAUUAUCUACGUAAGGGAAAUGAAUUCGAUGGUGACCUACAUAUGCCUGGUGGAAUUCCUUUCGUUUGGACUUAUGCUAUGUGCUCUAUUGUUUCUAUUCAACAUUAUCGAACACAUGGCUCAAUUCAUCAUUGUGGCGGCUUACAUUUUCAUGAUUAUAUCGCAAAUAUUUGCAUUCUACUGGCAUGGAAAUGAAAUUCGUGAAGAAAGUGUUGCGAUUGCAGAGGCAGCUUACAGCGGCUAUUGGGUUGAGCUGCAUCCUUCUGUUCGUAGAAAACUUCUGUUGAUUAUUUUGCGUGCUCAGAAGCCUUUACAGAUUACAGUGGGCAACAUAUACCCGAUGACUUUGGAAAUGUUUCAAUCCCUGCUCAAUGCAUCGUACUCCUACUUCACGCUGUUAAGACGUGUAUACAGUAAUUAA